AUGCCACCGCCGCCAGCGACACCCUCCUGGAACCCUAUGCACACCCUCAUUCCUAUCCAGCACCAAGGCCUGGACCCGUCCUCCCUCAGGGAACUGUGCCGGGAGUGUCGCGGGGUCUUCCCGAGUGAGGCCGGCCUGCGGGCGCUCAGCAAGGCCAGCUUCCUGAGGACCGUCUACGCCACCCUGGGCCGCAUCCUGCACGGCCUGGACGCCCUGCGCCCGCAGUUUUCAGAGACCAAGGAUGCCCCGAAGCUGCAGGCCGCCAGGUGGACCGUCCUCGGCCUCCGGAACAACCUCCACUGUGUGGCCUGGCUGCUCAACAGCUCCCUGCAGACGCCCGAGCCCACGCGGGCAGACACGGGCAUGUGGGGGUCUCCAACCCCCAGCCCACGCCUCUUUCAAGCCAAGCUGGACGGCUGCAAGUUCCUGUGUGGUUACCACGGCUUCAUGCGGGCUGUGGGGACGAUCUUCAGGGAAUGGGGGGAGAGCCCCCGCCGCAGCCGGAGACACAGCCCCCACCGAGGCCACCUGCACAAAGCCACCCGCAGGACCACGCUCCGGAGCCCGUGGCCCCGGUAGCUGGACAUGCAUAGUGGACAUGACAUGCAUAGGGCAGGAUUCUGUUCCUCACCCCCCUCACCCCCAUUUCCACAUCUCUUCCCCAACUGCAGAGGUGAACUUUAAGGGGAAAAACGCCUAGGGUGAGGGGACAAGAGUUAGACUAUUGGAGGUCCCCCAUUUUUAGUGGGGUGGCUGGUCAGGCCACGAGGGCGCGACUUUCCAUUGAUUCAGGGGUCUGAUGACACAAGCUGACUCAUGGCUGGGCGGAUGGGAGCCCCCCUUUCUCCCCGGCUGCCCGCCCCCCCGCCCUGCCUCUCAUGACUGGCACACUUAUCCCAGACUUCCUUCUUUCCGUGGUGGUGAGGUUGGGAGGGGGAGGCCAGGGCCUGAGCUGGCCUCCUACAUCGCUGCUCAGGCCAGACACCUAGCUGUCUGGGUGACUUCACCUUAGGCACUGGUGACAGGAUCCCGGGGAAGGGGGGGAACCGAGGGAGGAGCGUCUAGAAGGAUCUGGGUAUGGAGCUCAUGCUCCAGCUCAGUUCCUACUUGCUGUGUGACCCUAGGCAGGUCUCUUUACCUCCCUGGUUUUCUCUGGGAAGCGUGGGGGUUGGAGGAUGAUGUGAGAUGCCUCACCCUCUCUGUCUGGGAUAUAGGGACAUGGUGCAAAGGAACAAGGGAAGGGUGCAAACCGAAUCCCCACCCCCCCACCCCCAGUCCUCCACUGCAGCUGCGCCCCCUGGUGGCGAGACAUGGGAUUUCCCCCCAUGCUGAGAUGGUGUGAAACUGCUGGGCAGAUUCCUUGGAGACACAAGACUAAUUUAUUGUUUUUAUUUUUUAAUAUCAGUUUUAAUCGGUUUCAUAUUUAUAAGGCUUAUUUAUGAUGUGUAUUUAAUGGUAA